CAGUAAAAUAAAAAGAAACAGAUUCAGAGGAGCGCAGACUAUCUCGGAGGUGAGGCGGUUCUGAAAAUGGAUCUGAAAUUAGAUGGUUACGUUGACGAAGAAGGAGAUAUUAUUGCUCUUAUUUUUAUUGGAGUAUUUUUAUCAUUCGUUAUAUCACUAAUUUGCUAUUGUAAGGGACGUACAAGGAGUAAAAGAACAGAACUUUUAGAUUUCUAAUCUGCUAGCCUUGCUUGUUGAAGAAGGACCGCGUGAGGGGUGAUUCCAAACGUAUAUAUAUUUUCAAUGAAUUUUAUUUUUUCGUAAUCUGAUUGAAUAUGGCUGGAUCAUACAAUCAAGAACUUUAUGCGAGAAGGAAGGGAGGUUGUGGGCCUCCUGAUGACUUCUUAGGAGCUGGUGGCCUGCAUCAUCAGCAAAGUGUCUUUCAAGAUUUACCUGUAGAGACUACUACUGGAAAUGAAAGUUUAUCAGAACAAAAUCCUCCAGAUAACAGAACUACAGAAUCUGGCCACUCUGCAUUGAGCAGUAGUGGCCAGAAGUCAUUUGGACGUUCCGUAUCAGUACGAGAUUUUACCUGUGCUUGUUGUAGUGAUUUAAUGAUAAGCCCGACUACACUAAAUUGUGGACAUAGUUUUUGCCGUCUUUGUAUUGCGCAAUGGUGGAAAACCUCUGGAACAUGUACUUGUCUUCUCUGUCGCCAAGAGUGGACUGGAUUUCCUAAUGUGAAUUAUAUUUUAAGGUCAACAAUAGAAAAAGCUUGUAGUGAAAGGUAUCAUGAAAAGGCUGCAUUACUUGAAAUUAAAGAAAAUACUGAUCUUUUAAAAGAAUUUGAAGAAUUCGGUCGCAGGCAAAAAGAAAAGCGGUCACAGUCCAACCACAGACCACAAGAUUUCUGGUGUGGAACCUUUUUGACAUUGGUCCUCAUUUAUGUUGUGUAUAUUUUAUGGAAUUGGAGAAGUUCGGAUCAAGAUUUAUUGGUCCACAAACCAGUUGGCAAGUGGAGCCCCGUUGAUGUUGCCUCAUGGGUUAGCGGCCUAGGUGAAUGGGCCCACAGCCAGUAUUCUCAGGUGUUCUUGGAUAAUGCCAUUGAUGGUAAACUACUCAUGACCCUGUCAGAGGAAGAUCUGGAGAGUAAACCAAUCAGCAUCGAGAACAAUCUACAUCGGCGAGCCAUCUUGCAAUCAGUGGAGACCUUACGAUUAAUUGGAACUAAGAGGCCAACAGACUUCUGGGAGUACAAGGCUCUUAAUCCAGGCUUGUCAUUACUACUGGUUUAUGCCAUGAAGGAUUAUCCACGCGUAACAUUAGCGUAUCUUUAUUUGUUUGAGUAUGAUGACGUAUUCCUACCGUUCCUCAAUACCACCUGCCCCCAACCUCAGUCAAUGCAAAGUUUUGCCUCAAACACGUUACCUAGUGUAUCUAAUACACAGUUUCUGAAAUUUACAUUUGUUGCCAUUGUUAUGCCGUAUUACCUAACUGCCAGAUUCGCUUGGGAGUGGAUGGCUAUCAAUUCAUGGACAAGUCUUUGUGUCAUCCUCAACAGCUUGUUUAUAAUGGUGAUCGAAUUCAAGCGCUUCAGGCGAUUUAUUGCUAGUCGGGGCCAAGGGUUUUUGAAAGAGUUCUUCAAGAAAUAUACAUCUGGCUUGUUGCUGUUAGCAAUAUCAUCACUGAUCUACACAAUAUUACUGCCAGCUAUUUUGUGUGAUUUCUUUUUCUAUCUUGGUCUUUAUCUGUCGCCGGUGUUAAACUUCUAUGACCUUUACAUCUCUCAAAACCCGCAACGUGUAUAAGAUUGGGCAAUGAUGAAAAGAAGAACACAGUGUACAGGGACCGUGUUGGGAUAGCGAUAUUGGUCUUGGCCAUUUUCAGUGCAGUCACCACAAAGAAUCUAUUGACUUAUGUGAACCUCCUACAUACUGGCAUCCCAAUUAACUUCGAGCAUUCAUUACAUUCAUCCACGAUUGAGUGAAAAUGGAAAAAAUCCUGAACUUAUGACGCUUCAUUGGCUGUGAUUCAAUACAUAGCCAAUACACCUGUGCAAGCCUUCCACAUUGUAGUAUGGUUUAAUUAAAACAUUUAAAAAUCAAGUGUAUAAUCUAAUAAUAUAUUCUUACAUUACUUAUUCAUUAAGUUUUGCUGUAUGAAUAUUAAAUAAUUUUUUAAUUGAUACCCAGGAUUUUCAUUUCAAAUUACAUCUCUUACACAAUCUAAUGAUGUAUUGUAUUAUUAAUGCCAGGGUGCAUGUUGCUCAACUUUGUACAGUGCGAAUCAGAUAUAAUUGAAUUGAAUUUGCUAUUGUAUGCAUAAGUACCAGGGAGCUAUUAUGAAAUAAGCUAUAUUUUAUGUUUACCUUUAUGACAAUAUAAUCAAUGCAAUGUAUUAUUACUUUAGCUAAGAUUGAUCAAAUUUCCAUUUAUUACAAGUUAUUAUUAGUAUUUUUUUUAUUUAUUUAUUUUUUUUUUGACUAUCCUCAUUUAACCACUACUACUGAAUAUUGUAGGAUUGGGUGUUAGAUUUUUUGGCACAGAUGUUGUUGAUGUUUUGUGUAAAGUUGAAUUGCAGGCAGGUCCUGAAAUAAAAGAUAAUUGUAUAGCUUUACCUAUUAAACAGCCACCAUUGGUCCUUCGGUAGAACGUCUUUUACAGAGAAUAGUAGCAGUACCUUGUUUGUUAACCACUGUGGAUUUUUGGUUUAGUUGAGUGUAGUUUCUUUUCUUAUUACAGUAUAUUAAGUUAUAUUUUGCUUUACUGUAGGUUUCUAUGUGUGCACCCUGCACGUGUUUGCGUGUAUCUCCUUUACGUGCAGAUUUUAUUUUUACAUUACAAGUUACCAGCAUUCUACACCAUGAUGAGGUCAGUGAGCCGCAUGAUGAUCCGUCAGAGGGCCAACAACUUUUGAGUGUACAUGUAUUGCGUGAAAUCGUUCCCCCAAGAUGUUAAGUUCAUUGUGAUGUAACUUCAAUUGUUAUUCUGAGAAAAAAAAAUGAUGAGUUUCUAUUGAUGUUUUUACUGAUUUUUCUUUUAUUGUUGCCUAUUUCUAAAUGUUGUGAAAUACCUUAUAACCUUGGUUUGGUUUAUAUAAAUAUUAGUUUCAUGAUUAAAACUGUAUACAUUAACACAGUGUUUACUAGACUGGAGCAGUCACUCCAUAGAUUCCAUACCUCCGCCCUAUGUGGGACUGCAGCAUACCCUUAAUGAAAUAAUGGAAUCACCAAUCAUAUUCAAGCUCAUUAUUUUCUUUAGUGCUGCAGAAAGAAAAUAAUGGAAUCGCCUGUCGUAUACAGGCACAUUGUUUUCCUGAGUGCUGCCUGAAUAUUUAAUUGUAGGCAUUCACAAUAUUUAAUAUUCUGUUUAAUAGGGAACUCUUGCCUGAAAUCACCAGUGCGUAACUAAGCCUUCCGUUUAGUUUUUGACUAUUAAAGUAGCAAGUUAAAUCCUUUUAUUAUUCAUUUUAGAUGGAUAUCUGUUUAAAUGUUAUCCCCAUUCUUAUAUAACAGAGCAGGUAAACUAUGAACAGGAUGGAAGUUGUGAUCUAUAAGGCCAUAAAAGCUUUUUGCCCAUCCACAGUGGCAUCAAAAUCAAAUUCUUUUUUGACCAACUAUUUCUCUAUGUUUAUUGCUAACAUGGUAAUUGCAGGGUUUAAAUCUAGAUUAAGGUAUCAAAUGUAGAACCCCUAUGAAGGGAUACCUUUUGAACCAAACGAUGUCCCGUUAAUGGGGUGUCCCUCUUAAUUGGGGUGUACCCUUAAUAAGGGUCUCCAAUGAACCAGUGUCCUCUGAAUACAGUUGGCUGUACUGUUAAAUGGUGUGCUUUCUCUUGAUUUAUGACCAAAAAAACGUCCUUUAAUAGGGGUGUCCACAGGAUGGGUUCUACUGUAUUAAAAACUUGAAAGGUGACCUCAAGUCAAGUCUUAUAUAAUGCUUAAAGAGAGUGGCAUUUUUCAGGAUAUCAAUCCAAGACUCUGAGAUUGGAAAUGUAGUGUCUUAAGUAUUCAUACUUAAGUAAACACCUUUGUAACAUUUACUUCUCUGUUUUUCUGUCCUCGUGUGCUGUGUGUUAUACAGUUUUUGUUUGCUGCAAUGUUUUGUGGGAAAGGAACUACCUUGAAUUAUGACCUAUUUAAUUAUCAGAUAGUGGAUAAUCUGCUGUUUAGGAUAAGCUAUCAACUUGUGACAGGUACAUGUGAUCUGCCUCUUAUAUAAAUGAGUGUAAUAUGACAUCAUUAUGUCCAUAUAUAGGCAAAUCAUGAAUAUUUAUGGCAUAAACCUCAAUAGUGUGACAUAGAGCAAGAUAUAAUCUAUGAUUAAAAUGUUUGCAAUUCCAAAGUACAGGUGGGAAAUGAUUACUUGGGCUAAAACCUGGGUGCAGUGGUGGCUAUAUGAUUAGGGUUGGGGAGGGGAGCUAAUUUCUCAGACAAUUUCUGACAACGGGAUAAGCUUUAGUAUGGGUACGGUGGGUUAACCCCCUUGGUUCCUAAAGAAUCUGGGUAAUUUUGGGCCAUUUUAAUCCAUCUUGAGGCUUUUAAUGCAUUACGCCCAAAGAAUUUCUUUAAUAUUUCCCAUUUUUGUGUUGUUGCGUUGUGUUAUAGCUUGGCUUGUCUAUAUGGGAACGGGAACUCCAACUCCCCAUGUCCAAUAGUGACACCACUGCUCAGCUUUGCAAGUCCAUGUAUGAACUCUCCUUUUAACAGAAGGAAUGCUCAAUACAAACUUAUUCAUUCCAACAUUGGGUGAUACCCUCUGUAGUUUGAGAACAUAAUAUCAAAUACAGAAUCAAAGUUUGUUUCAACUACUACAAUACAUGGUGUUUUAAUAAUGGUAUUGACAAUAUUUAUAUUCUGUCCGUCAUCCACACACUUGCCGAUUGCAUUUUAUAUGUUGCGAUUCAUAUUUCAUAAGGCAAGGAAACUGGAUAAUAAUAAUACAGUUUAGUUAGCCAUUCCUAGAAUUGGAUUUUAUGUGGUAGCCAAAAUGAUUGAGUAUGGAAAUCAUAAACAUCUAAACUCGGAUUAUUUUUGGUUCGCCAUUUAGGGUAUUGUCACUUUUUUGAUUAGUGGUAUUAUAAUUCUUAUUAUUUACCAUUAAUUUGCAAUGAGAACUAUGUAUUAACAAUAACUAUACACAUCAGUACUGAUAAGAUAGAAUUAUAAUUGUUACAGCAAGGUUGAAAUUAUUUCAUAAAACAUGUCGCCUUGUGUGUGAAGUUAGUAUGAUCAUUGCCAUUAAAUGGAUCGGCCCAACUUGAUGUGUUUUUAUGCACUGCCAAGUCUUGACAUUGGCAGUACAGAGGUCACUGAUUGGGCCAGGGAUCGUCCCAUUUUCAAAAGAGGGUAUACUGUACAAGCAUAUUACAAACAUAAAAAUUUUUUUUAAAAAUGUAUGUAGCAAACACAAAAAUCUUGAAAUUUAUUUAGUGUUGCCAUGAAAAUCGACAACGUUAGAUGAUGUAUUUUCUAGCUUUCUUAUCCUUGUUUGUUUUAGGCAAUGCCGUAAACAAGCAUAUUAUUAACUUCCACUGAAUGAUGUGUUUACUGUAUUUUAAAUAAUAAUACAGAGUUUCUAUGCACUAAAAGUUUAAAUUCUACUCAUACAAUUAACCUUUAAAGUUUAAUUAUGUUUAAUAUCUUUUCUCUUAUGGUUUCCGGUUCAAUCCUCCUUCCCAAAGGUAUAGGCCUCCAUCACAUAAUUUAUUUUUAAUGUGCUAUGAUACUGGUCUGGUAUUUCUAUGACCUAUUCACAAAAAAAUAUCUUAUGAAAUAACUUAUACUAACAUCACAUCACACCACCAUAGUAAAGCAGAAUUGUUUUUGACUAUUAAUUGUAUGUGAAUAUUUAUCUACUAAAUCAUUGUUCUUAAUUGUAUUGCUGCCAGAUUCAUUAUAAGCACUUAUUAAGUUGUUUGUUCGAAAAAAUUGACUUGCGGGUGGCCAAAGAUGAAUAAUACAAUGUUGUUCAAUAAAGGUAAAAAAUUUAAUAUAA